AUGUCCGAAAAAUGCCUUAUAGUAGCCUUAUUAGCAGCCCUGGUUUUUCAUCCAAGAUCCUCCAUCAAGUGUUUCAAACCCAAAUCUGAACGCGACAGCGCCACCAGUGCGACCCCACAGAAGAAGCAUAGACCAGCCAAGAAAAAAAAGAGUGCCCCACCCAAGCCUCCUCAAAAACAAUCCAAACCUAAACGCCAAGCCUCUACUUCUUCCAUUGCAAGAAACUCUUCAUGCUCUAACCAACUCACAGAGCUCCAUGAAGGCGACUGGCCUGUUGAUAUCGUGGCAGCCAUGUUUCGUGCUGGGUGGCCUCUUGAGAAAACGGUUGCCAUAGAGAAGAUACUAAAGGUGAAUCACUCUCUGGAAAAUCUCACCGAAUUUGAAGAAUACAGAGAGGGAGUGAAGUCCAAGUCUGCUAAAAUUUGUGAGCCCGGGAGAACCCAGAAAUUGGUGGUCGAUGGGAAUGAACUCGUACAGUUUCAUGGUACACUUAUCACUUGUCCUCUGGGGAGAAACAGUGCUUCACUUGACAUUUGCUCGAACAGAUGGUGUGCAGUUUGUAGUAUGGUGAGCUCUACGUUCCUGGCGAAGGACGUUUCUGUGACGUUAUGUGAGAAUAGUUGGAGGGCACAUAGGAAGAUUAAUGGAGGCUUAGUAGGAGAUAAGGCCUCCGCGAGGACUGCAUCUGUGCUAUGCAGGGUGAUCACGGGUCGGAUUGCAAAUUUAGCUAAACUCGGGGUCACGAAUGUAAAAGAUGGUGGGUUCAAUUCUGGGGUAUCUCCAGCUGGAUAUGAAUCAGGUGUGUCAGAGAACCUAGCAGUAUUGAAUGAGAGAGCAAUCCUUCCCUGUUUUGUUGUGAUAUACAGAGCCAGUUGA